GUUUCUUUUGAGUUUAUUGUCGGAUAUUUAGAAGUGGCUGUGAUGCCUGUUGAAUCAGUUUUCACGUAGUGUCAGGGAAUGCGGCGGUUGCUUAUGAGAACAGCCGUUGUCGCGGAUCACCGCUACCAACGUUACAAGGACACGGCUGCUUCAGUGAAGCCCUCGUGAUUGGAUGAAGACAGAACCACUGACUACCAGUAUGGGCGCGCUACAUUCUGGAGUUUCCCACAAUCCUUAGUUCUCUGAUCAGCAGCUGAGUCUACUGAACCCUGAACCGUGACCAGCGCCGGUCUAUGACUGACCUCCUGACAGGUGAUCUGUCUUGUGCCGCGAUGAUGUCGGUAGAUGUGACCAAUCGCAAUGGCCCGACUGCCACGCCUCCCACCUCACUCAGCCUUCGCUCCUCACACAACCAGCUGCUGAGCAGUGAUGUCAUCAAACAAGGCUCCGCUACACCGCCCAAGUGUCGCAAAAAGUAUGCACUUACCAAUAUCCAGACUGCCAUGGGCCUCGGCGAAGCAGCGCCAUCUCCAUCAUCACCGUCAUCACCAUCACAGUCUUCAACACCCAACAAUCCUAAACUAGCAAAGAACGGAGUGAACCAGCUUCGUAAAGCAGGUCAAGAUCACAACAAAAACCCAACCGGCCCUGACUCGACGGACCUGGAGUCCGAAACUACACCAGAUGACCUCAAUGUCAACACAGUUGAGGAGAAUGACAGUCACACUCUCGCCAAUAAUGAUCGAGAGGAUGAUGUCAUUGAGCAAGACGUUGAACUGAACUCAGACACUAGCGCUGACGCAGAGCCCGAGCAAAAAACUGAAUCAGACAUAGACUGUGACAUUAACACAGCCGUGGAGCUCAAACUGAACGGCAACACGACAGAUUUAGACUUUGACUUGAACAUUGAGACAGAGGAGAGCGAUGACAUCAGCAUUCUGUCGGAAAAGGAAAUGAUGUCGAAGAUGAAGAUUGAGGAAGACGGAGAUGAGGUGGUAGUGGAGGAGCAGGAGGAUGAGGAGAAGAAGCCUUUACUGAUGAUACAAAGGGAGUCCCCUGUGAAGAACCACAAAGUGUCUUCAGGCCUGGAGCUCAUCUCUGACCUCCACUCCAACCUCAAGCUCCUCAAAUCAGGCAAGGACUCUCCGGUGCCUCCUCCUCCCUCCCCACCUAAGCAAGCCAGCCCAGAGGACACGCCCCUGCUCUCUGUGGCCUCCGGCUCCUCGUCUUCCUCCUCGUCUCCAGAGACGAAGAAGGACAGAAGGACGGGGGCAAAGACAGACUGUGCUUUGAACCGCAUCCAGAAUCUGAACCCCAGUGACGAAGAGUUGAGUUGGACCACACUGUCCCAGGAGAGCAACUCCCCAGAGGAGACAGAUAUCUGGAGUGAGCAGUCAUUCCAGACGGACCCUGACCUGCCUCCAGGAUGGAAGAAGAUCACAGACAUAUCCGGUAUCUACUACUGGCACAUUCCUACAGGCACCACCCAGUGGGAGAGGCCUGCCACCCGCCCAGCACCCCCUGGAGAGACAGAGUCCCAGGCCCUGGGCGACCACACAGCCUCCACACCACGUAAACACUCCCUGGGCUCACUCAGCCCCUCACCCACUCCUGACCACGAGUCGUGCCAGGCAGAGAUCUUCUUCAGAGCGUCAACCCGUUCAGGCAGCACCACCUCUGACAGCUCAGUGGAGCCUCUCUCCACUCACGAGCCCACCCUCACCACAUGUGGGUUUGUCAACAGCUGCUACUUUCCUCGUUCCACCUCUCUACAGGGGAUGCCUGAUCCGGAGUUUCGUUCUCAGCAUCUCGAAGAUGAGGACAAGAAACAGGUGUGGAGUAAUUUUGGCGGAAAGAUUGAUAGUGAAUUGUGGAAGGACCUGCAGGCAGCCACGUUGAACUCUGACCCCAGCCUGAAGGAGUUUGAGGGUGCUACGCUUCGUUACGCAUCACUCAAGCUGAGGAACCGUCCAUCACUGGAAGAAGAAGAGUCCAGCAAUGCCAACAGUGUUAACCCAGAAACAAAGUGCUUUGCAGUGCGAUCUCUGGGAUGGGUGGAAAUGGCUGAGGACGACUUGGCUCCUGGAAAGAGCAGCGUUGCUGUUAACAACUGCAUCCGACAGCUUUCCUACUGCAAGAAUGACAUCCGAGACACUGUCGGCAUCUGGGGAGAGGGGAAGGACAUGUACCUGGUGCUGGAGAAUAAUAUGUUGAACCUGGUCGACCCCCUGGACCGCAGUGUGCUUCACUCUCAACCAAUCGCAAGUAUCCGGGUCUGGGGUGUUGGCCGGGACAAUGGCAGAGAGAGGGACUUUGCAUAUGUGGCGCGGGAUAAAAACACCAGGAUCCUGAAAUGUCAUGUGUUCCGCUGUGACACGCCAGCCAAAGCCAUCGCCACCAGCCUGCAUGAGAUCUGCUCUCGGAUAAUGACUGAGCGAAAGAAUGCCAAAGCGAUGGCGGGCUCUCUCCACGACAGGAUGCAGGCAGGACUCGAUCUCCCUUUACAAGCAGAGUUCCCCACACCAAAGACGGAGCUGGUUCAGAAGUUUCAGGUGCUCUACCUCGGGAUGCUGCCGGUGGCCAGACCAAUAGGCUCUGCUCCAGGCAUGGACAUACUGAACGGAGCUAUAGACAGUCUGAUGGGGUCCUCCAACAGAGAGGACUGGACUCCGGUCGCCCUCAACGUAGCAGACGCUACUGUCACCAUCAGCAAAGCGAAGGACGAAGGAGAAGUGCUGGUGGAGUGUCGUGUUCGAUUCCUGUCUUUCAUGGGCGUCGGGCGGAAUGUGCACACGUUUGCCUUCGUCAUGGACGCUGGCAGCCAUCGCUUUGACUGUCACGUCUUCUGGUGUGAGCCCAACGCUGGGAAUGUGUCGGAGGCUGUACAGGCCGCUUGUAUGCUGCGUUAUCAGAAGUGUUUGGUGGCUCGACCCCCCACCCAGAAGGCCUGCGGCUCGUCGCCCCCCGGCGACUCGGUGUCCCGUCGGGUCUCGACCAGCGUGAAGAGAGGCGUCCUGUCUCUCAUCGACACCCUCAAACAAAAGAGACCCGUCACAGAGUUGCCUCAGUGAUCACCGUUAAGCACUACCGACUCCCUGCCACAACCCCCAGUCACCAUGGUAACUAGUCGCAUCGCUGCCAAAAACCUGUUGCCACCACAGAACCCAGUAACCAUGGAAACAUAGAAAACCCCAGGGUUCGGGGAAACCCUGUCACAAGUCCUUCACUUCUCCGGACUAAACUUUGAAUUUCACCUCAAGAGUUCAUCAGCUCUCGAGCAGAAAUUCUAAUGUUUCCUCAAAAUAACGGAGAUGAAUAAACACUCUGAUCCCACGUCGAGAAGGAACCACCGCAGAGAAACACCUGAGUGGAGAUCGUAAAGGUGAUCGUGUACAUAGUAACUCUCAUCCCCCUCGGCACAGAGAGGAGAAGAGAGCAAAAACUGAAGAAGUAGGAAGUGCUGCUUCCAGUACAGCACGUGUGAUGAGCGAGCUCAUUGGUGCCCAAACUGCUGAUCUCUCCAUGCUCUAACUGUAUUUGUGUCUGUGCCUGUGCUGCCAGCAUGACCUUGCACACCUGGCCACCCCUCCCCAUCAUUCACCUGGUUGUCCUGUUAGUCUGUAGUGGCUUUUCCCCUCUCUGCCCCUCUUUCUCAUUGUUCUCUGUAGACUGUAGUGUAGUGUGUAGUAGAAGGAAGGAAUCCUGAAAGCCAUCGCGUCUGAUUGUCAAAUCAGUAUGUAAUGAAUGAAAGAAGGAAACUGCUACAGACUAAAGAGAUGUGUCCGUCUACACACACUAACCUGUUCAACUGAUCCUGCAUGAACUGUUUAUAGAAAAGUGAACCAAUAUCUAUACACUGCUGCGGCUUACAGAAGGAGUGAGAACAUCGAAGCCACACUGUUUUUCCCGUCUUCUUAUUUCUUUGUUUCCUCGUUAACUGUGCGAGAAUCAGCCUGGAGGGUCUGAACGAGCGGUGACCUUUCACCCGAAGAAUCCCUCAUAUACUUCCUGUUAACUUGUUUUUAUUCUUUCGUUACCCCCUCGGAAAACGAUAGACAAUAGCCAUAACGGAGGAAAGUGUUACCCCUCCCUCUUCCGCCCCCCCUGCCCCGUGCUGCUCCGCACACAGGAGACGUCGGCAUGCUGCUGCUGCUCUUCGAUACACACGCUGGAGGAAAUUUGACAGAUUAUUCCUCUAAAUCCCACCUCAGUCCUCAGAGACUUCAUGUACACUAAUAAAAAAAAGAAGGGGGGUUGGCAACACAAUAAAGGACUUGAGACGACCGGAGGAAUGUGUUUUCGGUGUGAUGGCCACUGAGAUCUGACCUGAGAUCUGGGUUUCAUCUCCGGCUGUUUCUCGAGAGGAAAGCCAACAGAAAGAUAUGUCGACUCAAUCUAACAGGACUUUCCUGGGCUGCUAUCUAUCUGUCUCCAGGGUGUUCUGUUCACUUGAAUGCGCUUUCCCUGUUUUCUUUUCAUUGCCGACUUCCUCACUGUACAACUGUUUUCGACAGCGCCACGAGAUCACUUGCUUUUUGUUCUGUUCUCUGAAGGUUUCUCUCACACAAAUCUCAAUUCAACACUGCUAGCUCCUUAUUAUCACAUCUGACAAGCUUGGAUGGGUGGUAUUAAGUCGUCGUCCCCCCCCCCCCUCCAGCAAUUCUAUAGUGUUUUUCCAAUUAUUUCUAAUGAGGAGAGAGCGUAUGUACGUACACGACACUUGUAGUUGAAGAUCUCUGAACCUAAGUUGUCAAGAUAUCGCUGUCUUAGAAACAAAACGCAGGAGCAGCUUUUUCCCAACGCUCUUUUUUUAACAGAGAAAACCCUAUAUGGACACACGGCCUAAUACUGAACCUCUAUAAUUGACUGAUUGCCAAACUGCUCCACUCGACAGCGACCGUCUAAUCACAGUUUAGGCACCGUAACAAGGCGUGGCCAGCCUGUCAAGCUUUUGGAUUGCAAAACCAAUAACAUGACUUUGUGGGUUUAUAGAUUACGUAAACAAAGCAGCAUUAGCAUAUAAGCAUAAGGUCAGCCAGAGACUGCUUUUAACCAACUCCUGGAGCUAUCGUCAGUUAAUUUCAGCCACCAAAAUGAGAAGCUGCUUUUGUUUUACUUAGUAAUCUGCCACCUUUUAUUGUAAACAGCAUUAAUGUGAGAAAGUGAAGCUUGACAGGUGUAGUAAGAGGUAAUGUAAUCUAAAGGUUGGCACAGUUAACACGCAGGUUGAAGGAACCAGGAGUGUAAUUGAGAUUGUGGUGAGGAGAUUCCACCACUUCCCCCUCUUUAGUCACAAGGAUGUUGAAAUGUGAAUGAGAUGACAAAAUGUGCGUGUACAUAAUAUCAAUUUAAUGUAACAUUUGGCAUUAAUCAUUGUUAUAAGCUAUCUUUUCAUUUUAAAUGUCCGUAGUUUUCUAUUUGCUUCUUGUAAUGAAAUGCCUCUUUUUUUUUUUUUUUUUUGAGAGCUCACCAAAUGGCCAAAGUGUAAAAUACUGAUAUAAAUUGUUGUAGAUAAGAAAAAUACGAGAGCAAAUGAUGAAACAAGGAGAGGCGAUUGGACAUUUUCACAGUUGUCAAUUACGUUGAUACAGAAUUUAACUGAGCAAUUAUCUAUGCAUUCUUUUGAUCUCGAGAAAUGGAAAGUUGUGAAAAGCCUUGCAUGCCCUUGAACGGUUGAAAGAACGACUGUAUGUACUGAACAGAAAUAUUUUUUAUUUUAUUUAUUCUAUUUUAUAAAGGUAUAUACUGAUUUUAUUAGUUGGGGCAAGUAAAGUCUCUUGACUCGGUGUCAUUGUCUCAGUCCCUGGUUAACUCACAACGCUACAACAAGCUCCGCUUUGCAGAUAAAGGAAUAUAUCUUCACCUCGUACCGUGCACUGAGAGCUGGGAGUCCACUGUCUGUCUGAACUGUUAAACAGGCGGGAAGAAGAGGAGGAGGAGGAGGAGGAAGAAGAAGAGGAGGAAGAUGAUGAUUGUAACAGCAGAGCACUCCCAGCGUCUCUGUCAAGCUCACACACCUAAACAACAACAAACACCUUUCCCACAGAUGGAUGUGUUGGCUUCCGUUUGCUGCUCACUGAUUUGUACACUUUAUCGAUGUAAUCAAAUGUGAGAAUAAACAGCAUUAUAAAACCGAA